AAUUGAGCUUUCCCCGCCAUCAACUGUCACCCAAGCUGCGAUCGAGCAGCUUGGCUACGCCAAUGACAGUGACGGAACCAUGAGCAUCAUCCGUUCCGUCGAAGAUCUUACCAGCGCAUCGAACAACUCCCAGCUUGGCCAGGCCCCACAGCAAAUCAGUACAGAAUGAUUAUUCGUGAACUUCCAUCUUGGGGCCACAUCAACUACUUAGUGCACGCGUUCUUUAGGAACGUAGCGUGGCACUAUGAUAUAGUGGACGAAGCUACGUUUCUGAACCAACUUCGCCACUGGAGAAGUCUUUCGUACAAUCAGCUGAAGGAAGCACCACAAAGUUUGACGGCCGAUCUCUGGUCGUUUCCUGCGUUGCUUUUCCAAGUCCUGGCACAAUCUCUACUAUUCCAGCCAUUGAACCAUGACGACAGUCUCAACGACUUGAAAUAUGCGGCAAACAUGAACCUAUCAGAUCGAGCAGUAGAACUCAGUGAUGCAGGCCUACAACUUGACUCCUUGGUCGGCAAAAGGAAGCUCACGCUCACAACGAUUCAAGCUGGAUUACUGCGCGCUUCAUUUGAGAAAAACACAGGGAAGGUCGUAGAGGCGUGGCAUUCUGUCGGAGUCGCGAUUCGUAAUGGUCAAGAACUUGGUCUUCACCUGGGGACUCCAGAGCCCAUGCUGACUUCCGAGCAUCAAAAUCCAGCAGAUCACAGCUUGGGAUGUAGGAUCUGGUUAAUGCUUCAUCUUUGGGAUGCCCAUAUGGCUGUGGUCCUGGGAAGACCAAUGAUGACCAGAUUGAACCCCAGCAACAUCCCCCUCCCUGCAUCAUGGAGCCACAGCCCAAUCGAGCAGGAGCUGCUGCAACCACGCGACGUCAUCCUUUGUGGGUUCCACACGGCCUACAAAUAUUUGCAAGACAUACCUGGGCUCGAGAAAAAAGACAACGGCUUUCUCCUGGUUGAAGAAAUCCACAAAAAGAUCCUCGCCAAUAUUGCGAAUCUCCCUGCGUGGGCCACGCCCCAGAGAUCACGUUUGAAUGAAUCAGCUUGGCUAUCCGCAGCGCUGGAGACUAUGUUUACCAAUGUCCACUUUGUCCUGCUUGCCCUCCAUCGUCCCUUUGUGUUCUCGUCUGCAAGUAGUCGCAGUAAAGCAUAUUACUUCGCGACGCAGAUUAUGGAGUCACAGGCCCGUCUCUUCGAUCGAACAGAACCUCUGCAAUACAAGAGCUUUGAACUGGUAUAUUCCACGUUUGAUGCUACGGUACUUAUCGCAGCCACACACAUUCGAUUCACAGACGAGUUUUCAGACCAAUUUCCCGCAGCAAAGAGAAAUCUAGAGUGGGGUUUAGACAGGCUGAGAGUUCUACAGUCCACGAAUGACCUGGCUAGUCCAGCUUUCAAUGUUAUUCAGCAGCUGUACCAAAAGAUGUUGGCUAGCGUCUGCCCUUCCCAGUCUCUACCCUCCUCUUCUCAAGGUGUGGAAGGUGAGACAUCUGUAGGGUCAGAAUCCGAGCUGUUUUUGUUUAACUGGGACGCCAUUCUACAGCCUGUAGAAAACACGAUGCCAGGAGGCAUGUUCAACGAAAUAAUUUGCGAUGGUGCUUUCGGAUUUCCAUCAGGGGGCCAUAGGCAAUCCUUUGUAGAAACAGACUAUCUGCCGCUUGAGUUGCACAAUUAUUAAGAGAUAGAACGAACGUACUGUAGAAAGUCGAGUCGGGGAUGAUCAAGCUCACAGCGCCGCUAGACUUAACUAGGCUGAAUUCAUCGAGGUCUAUAUCACAGCUCGCGCAAAUCAGCACAGAGAUUUAGCAUACCACGGUGUUGCUGAGCUUUUGCACU